CGCAGGUUCGUUCACGCAAUCGUAUUCGCAUUUCGCGCUUGCAACGACCGUGGUAAUCGUAGCCGUAGGCCGUCUUCUCCAUCGGUACAUCGGAGAGGUGCGGUAUGGCGCGAUACUUGGGGCUGGGAGUGCGUGGCAGUAUAAUCUUUCUCCUUGCUGCCAUCGCAUGCUGCAUUUAUGCCGAGGCCAAAAAGACAACUGGACGGGAACUUAUGGAAGAUAUAACAGAUAUUAAGGACUUCAAAAAGCUUUUGCGUACAAAGAAGAAUGUGCUUGUUUUGUUCACCAAGACAGCAAGAGAUGGGUCGGAGCUCCUGCGCAUAUGUGCUGAUGUUGCCUUGGAAAUGAAAGGGCAGGCAACACUUGGAUACAUUGACUGUGGUGGUGACGGCAAGAAGCUUUGCAAAAAGCUGAAGGCAGUCCCUGAUCCCACUGUGUUCAAACACUACAAGGACGGCGAAUUUCACAAGGAUUAUGACAGAAAGGUCGCGCUUCAGUCCAUGGUGAAUUUCCUGAGAGAUCCAACUGGCGACAUUCCCUGGGAAGAAGAUGAGCAAGGAGUAGACGUAUACCACGUACCCGAUGCAGAAGGUCUUGGAAAACUUCUGCAGAGAGAAAAGAAUCCGGUCAUGGUGAUGUUCUACGCUCCAUGGUGCGGUUUCUGCAAACGAAUGAAGCCAGACUACAGUGCAGCAGCAACAGAGUUGAAGGGACAAUUUGUGCUGGCUGCGAUGGACGUAAAUAAACCUGAGAAUGCUGUCGUCCGGAGACACUUCAACAUAACUGGCUUCCCAACUUUGUUGUACUUUGAGAAUGGGAAUCUCAAGCACAAGUAUGAUGGAGCAAACACCAAAGAUUCUCUUAUAGAAUUCAUGAAAAACCCGGGGAGGCAGACUGGCAAACCGAAGGAAGAUGAAGCAUGGGCAGACACAAGUAGUGAUGUGGUCCACCUGACAGACUCCACUUUCACCUCAUUCUUGGAGAAGGAGCCCUCUGUGCUAGUUAUGUUUUAUGCACCCUGGUGUGGCCAUUGCAAGAAGAUGAAGCCCGAAUAUGUAGAGGCAGCUGCUAAGCUGAAAGCUGACAAUAUCCCUGGUGUCUUAGCAGCUGUUGAUGCUACGACUGAAAAAACUGUGGCUGAAAAGUUCAAGAUUACUGGAUACCCUACUGUAAAGUAUUUCAAGAAUGGACAGCUUGCAUUUGAUGCGAACCAGCGGACAGCAGCAAAAAUAGUGGAGUUCAUGAAGGAUCCAAAGGAACCUCCACCACCCCCUCCGCCAGAAGUUCCCUGGAGCCAAGUGCCAAGCGAUGUGGUGCAUCUGGAUGAAAAUAAUUUCAAAACCUUCCUGAAACGCAAGAAGCAUGUUCUCGUCAUGUUUUAUGCUCCAUGGUGCGGUCAUUGUAAACGAGCAAAGCCAGAAUUUCAAGCAGCAGCUGCCCAAUUUAAGGAUGAUCCCAAGGUGGAAUAUGCAGCUGUAGACUGCACAGAAAACCAAGGAGUGUGUUCUGCACAUGAUGUGUCUGGGUACCCAACUUUCAAGUACUUCUCCUACUUCAAAACGGCCAUUAAGUAUGAUGGAGGGCGCAAGGAAGCAGACUUCGUUAAUUUCAUGAAGGAGCCAAUCGCUGGUGCAGCAGAAUCUGCAACGUCCACAGAGAAGCCCAAGGAGGAAUGGUGGGAGGGUCCCGGUGCAGAUCAUGUUCAUCGGCUGACAAAGGACAACUUUGACUCUGUACUCAAGGAAAAGAGUUCCGUACUUGUUAUGUUCUAUGCCCCUUGGUGCGGCCACUGUAAGAACAUGAAGGCAGCAUACGCCGAGGCAGCUGCAGCAAUGGACUCGCAGAAGAUCCCCGGAGCCCUGGCUGCUGUAGAUGCAACAGUCGAGAGGGACUUGGCGUCAAAGUACAACGUGCGGGGCUUCCCGACGUUGAAGUAUUUCAAGAAUGGAAAUCUGGUGGAAGAAUACAACAAGCAGAGGACAGCGGAUGAUCUAGUUAAUUACAUGAAGAACCCUCCAUCUACCAAAAAGACAGAGCUAUAGCACAGAGGAGUAGUACUGAAUCAGACUUUUCCAGCUCGGGACUGCCUCCUCCUCCUCUUCCUCCUCCUCCUCCUCUUCUGCUGUUUUGGAACGUGCAGCGCUGCCUUGACAUCUUUUGCUUGUGAUGGCUGCACUUCAGUGUCAGCUGCAUUAGCACAAUGUGAUAUGGCUGGUCGAUGUUUUGAGAUAAAAGUUUUAUACGUUUGCAA